AUGACAACAACUGCGGCUCAAACGUCCACAACUGUUGCUCCAACAACCACAACUAUUGCUCCAACAACCACAACUGUUGCUCAAGCGACCACCACAGUUCCUCCAACAACUACCACAGUUACUCCAACAAUCACAACUGUUGCUCAAACAACCACAGCUGUUGCUCCAACGACCACAUCUGUUGCUCCAAAAACCACCACAGUUGGUCCAACAACCACAAUUGUAGCUCCAAAGACCACCACAUUUCCUCCAAAAACGACAAUUGUUGCUCCAACUACCAUAACAGUUCCUCCAACAACCACAACUGUUGGUCAAACGACCACAACUGCUAUUCAAACAACCACAACUGUUGCAUCAACGACCACAAUUGUUGCUCUAACUACCACAACUGCUGCUCCAACUACAACAACUGCUGCUCCAACAACCACAACUGUUGCUCCAAUGACCACAAGAGUUCCUCCAACAACUUCCACAGUUGCUCCAACUACCACAAUUGUUCGCCCAACAACCACAACUGUUGCUUCAAUGACCACAACUUUUACUCCAACCAGCACAACAGUUCCUCCAACAACCACAACCAUUGCUCUAACAAAUACAACAGUUGGUCCAACAAGCACAACAGUUGCUCAAAUGAACACAGCCCUUCACCAAAUGACCACAGCUGUUCGUCCAAUGACCAAACCAGUUGCUCCAACAGGCACAACAGUUGCUCCAGCAACCACAAAAGUUGGUCCAACGACCACAACCAUUGGUAAAAUGACCAAAACACUUUCUCCAACAAGCACAACAGUUGCUCCAGCAACCACAACAGUUGGUCCAACAAGCACAACAGUUGCUCAAAUGAGCACAGCUGUUCACCCAAUGACCACAACUGUUGCUGCAUCAACCAAAACUGUUGCUCCAUCAACCACAACUGUUGGUCAAAUGACCAAAACAAUUUCUCCCACCAGCACAACAAUUCCUCCAACAACCACAACUGUUGCUCCAACGAUCAAAACUCCAAUUCCAAAAACCAUAACUGCUUCAACCAGCACAUCUGUCUCUGCAACAGGCCCAACCUUUGCUCAAACAUCAACAUUUCUUUCUCCAUCAACUACAGCUUCAACUACAAGCACAAAAACACUUACAACAAACACAACUUUUGCUCCAACAAGCACAACUGUCUCUGCAACAGGCACAACCUUUAGUCAAACAUCAACAGUUGUCGCUUCAUCAACUCCAGCUACAGUACCAACCACAAAAAACACAACUGUUGCUUCUUUCAGCACUCCUGUCUCUGCAACAACCACAACAUUUGGAGAAACAUCAACAUCUCUUGCUUCAACAAAUACACCUACAGCACAAACCACAACAACAUUUUCAACUGAAAAAAGUGAUGCUUCUACAACUUCAACUAUGGUGUUCACAUCUACAACACAUGUCAAACCUAUUUCAGCAAAAGUGACAAGCAAACUGCUGUUCAACUCCUCAUCUCCAGUCCCUAGUGAAGCUUUGGUGCUCAGUGCUAUCAACAUUCUCCUGGAAUCCAGAGUUCCACAACUGAAAGAAACAGUCAAGCUGGUGAAUGUCAGCUAUGAAAAAACCUCAGACAACUCUUAUGCAGUCUUCUUUACAUUUACCUUGAGUAACAUCAGCAUGCCAGAAGACCCAGAGCUUAGAAACAACACUUACAAGCAAGUGCAGGACAUGAUCAACGAUGCGCUGAACACUCUUCUGAAUGAUCCAAACAGUGUAAAGUUUAACCCCAGCUCCUCCAACUUCACAAGCACAUCAGAUCAAAUCUUUGGCAAUAUGGAAUACACCUUCCAAGAUGGAGAUGAGAUACAACCUGUCAGCUUCCUCAAUGAGCUUCGUAAACUGAUGGGUCUGACCACUACAACGUUGUCUCCACUCUCAACAAGCAGCUUCCCUGUGACUUCUUUCCAGCAAAUAUCUGGAUCAGCAGAGGUGACAAGCAAACUGGUGUUCAACUCCUCAUCUCCAGUCCCCAGUGAAGCUUUGGUGCUCAGUGCUAUCAACAUUCUCCUGGAAUCCAGAGUUUCACAACUGAAAGAAACAGUCAAGCUGGUGAAUGUCAGCUAUGAAAAAAUCUCAGACAACUCUUAUGCAGUCUUCUUUACAUUUACCUUGAGUAACAUCAGCAUGCCAGAAGACCCAGAGCUUAGAAACAACACUUACAAGCAAGUUCAGGACAUGAUCAAUGAGGCGCUGAACACUCUUCUGAAUGAUCCAAACAGUGUGAAGUUUAACCCCAGCUCCUCCAACUUCACGAGCACAUCAGACCAAAUACAUGGCAAUAUGGAUUACACCUUCCAAGAUGAAGAUGAGAUACAACCUGUCAGCUUCCUCAAUGAGCUUCGUAAACAGAUGGGUCUGAGCACUACAACAACAUCUCCACUGUCAACUAGUAGCUUCCCUGUGACUUCUUUCCAGCAAAUAUCUGGUUCAGCAGAGGUUACAAGCAAGCUGGUGUUCAACUCCUCAUCUCCAGUCCCCAGUGAAGCUUUGGUGCUCAGUGCUAUCAACAUUCUCCUGGAAUCCAGAGUUUCACAACUGAAAGAAACAGUCAAGCUGAUGAAUGUCAGAUAUGAAAAAAUCUCAGACACCUCUUAUGCAGUCUUCUUUACAUUUACCUUGAGUAACAUCAGCAUGCCAGAAGACCCAGAGCUUAGAAACAACACUUACCAGCAAGUACAGGACAUAAUCAAUGAGGCGCUGAACACUCUUCUGAAUGAUCCAAACAGUGUGAAGUUUAACCCCAGCUCCUCCAACUUCACGAGCACAUCAGACCAAAUACAUGGCAAUAUGGAUUACACCUUCCAAGAUGGAGAUGAGAUACAACCUGUCAGCUUCCUAAAUGAGCUUCGUAAACUGAUGGGUCUGAGCACUACAACAACAUCUCCGCUGUCAACAAGUAGCUUCCCUGUGACUCCUUUCCAGCAAAUAUCUGGUUCAGCAGAGGUGACAAGCAAACUGGUGUUCAACUCCUCAUCUCCAGUCCCCAGUGAAGCUUUGGUGCUCAGUGCUAUCAACAUUCUCCUGGAAUCCAGAGUUCCACAACUGAAAGAAACAGUCAAGCUGAUGAAUGUCAGCUAUGAAAAAAUCUCAGACACCUCUUAUGCAGUCUUCUUUACAUUUACCUUGAGUAACAUCAGCAUGCCAGAAGACCCAGAGCUUAGAAACAACACUUACCAGCAAGUACAGGACAUAAUCAAUGAGGCGCUGAACACUCUUCUGAAUGAUCCAAACAGCGUGAAGUUUAACCCCAGCUCCUCCAACUUCACGAGCACAUCAGACCAAAUACAUGGCAAUAUGGAUUACACCUUCCAAGAUGGAGAUGAGAUACAACCUGUCAGCUUCCUAAAUGAGCUUCGUAAACUGAUGGGUCUGAGCACUACAACAACAUCUCCGCUGUCAACAAGUAGCUUCCCUGUGACUCCUUUCCAGCAAAUAUCUGGUUCAGCAGAGGUGACAAGCAAACUGGUGUUCAACUCCUCAUCUCCAGUCCCCAGUGAAGCUUUGGUGCUCAGUGCUAUCAACAUUCUCCUGGAAUCCAGAGUUCCACAACUGAAAGAAACAGUCAAGCUGAUGAAUGUCAGCUAUGAAAAAAUCUCAGACACCUCCUAUGCAGUCUUCUUCACAUUUACCUUGAGUAACAUCAGCAUGCCAGAAGAACCAGAGCUUAGAAACAACACUUACAAGCAAGUGCAGGACAUGAUCAAUGAGGCGCUGAACACUCUUCUGAAUGAUCCAAACAGUGUAAAGUUUAACCCCAGCUCCUCCAACUUCACGAGCACAUCAGACCAAAUACAUGGCAAUAUGGAUUACACCUUCCAAGAUGAAGAUGAGAUACAACCUGUCAGCUUCCUCAAUGAGCUUCGUCUGAGCACUACAACAACAUCUCCACUGUCAACUAGUAGCUUCCCUGUGACUUCUUUCCAGCAAAUAUCUGGUUCAGCAGAGGUUACAAGCAAGCUGGUGUUCAACUCCUCAUCUCCAGUCCCCAGUGAAGCUUUGGUGCUCAGUGCUAUCAACAUUCUCCUGGAAUCCAGAGUUUCACAACUGAAAGAAACAGUCAAGCUGAUGAAUGUCAGCUAUGAAAAAAUCUCAGACACCUCUUAUGCAGUCUUCUUUACAUUUACCUUGAGUAACAUCAGCAUGCCAGAAGACCCAGAGCUUAGAAACAACACUUACCAGCAAGUACAGGACAUAAUCAAUGAGGCGCUGAACACUCUUCUGAAUGAUCCAAACAGUGUGAAGUUUAACCCCAGCUCCUCCAACUUCACGAGCACAUCAGACCAAAUACAUGGCAAUAUGGAUUACACCUUCCAAGAUGGAGAUGAGAUACAACCUGUCAGCUUCCUCAAUGAGCUUCGUAAACUGAUGGGUCUGAGCACUACAACAACAUCUCCGCUUUCAACAAUUAGCUUCCCUGUGACUUCUUUCCAGCAAAUAUCUGGUUCAGCAGAGGUUACAAGCAAACUGGUGUUCAACUCCUCAUCUCCAGUCCCCAGUGAAGCUUUGGUGCUCAGUGCUAUCAACAUUCUCCUGGAAUCCAGAGUUCCACAACUGAAAGAAACAGUCAAGCUGAUGAAUGUCAGCUAUGAAAAAAUCUCAGACACCUCCUAUGCAGUCUUAUUCACAUUUACCUUGAGUAACAUCAGCAUGCCAGAAGACCCAGAGCUUAGAAACAACACUUACAAGCAAGUGCAGGACAUGGUUAAUGAGGCGCUGAACACUCUUCUGAAUGAUCCAAACAGUGUAAAGUUUAACCCCAGCUCCUCCAACUUCACAAGCACAUCAGAUCAAAUCUUUGGCAAUAUGGAAUACACCUUCAAAGAUGGAGAUGAGAUACAACCUGUCAGCUUCCUCAAUGAGCUUCGUAAACUGAUGGGUCUGACCACUACCACGUUGUCUCCACUCUCAACAAGCAGCUUCCCUGUGACUUCUUUCCAGCAAAUAUCUGGAUCAGCAGAAGUGACAAGCAAACUGGUGUUCAACUCCUCAUCUCCAGUCCCCAGUGAAGCUUUGGUGCUCAGUGCUAUCAACAUUCUCCUGGAAUCUAGAGUUUCACAACUGAAAGAAAGAGUCAAGCUGGUGAAUGUCAGCUAUGAAAAAAUCUCAGACACCUCCUAUGCAGUCUUCUUUAUGUUUACCUUGAGUAACAUCAGCAUGCCAGAAGAACCAGAGCUUAGAAACAACACUUACCAGCAAGUACAGGACAUGAUCAAUGAGGCGCUGAACACUCUUCUGAAUGAUCCAAACAGUUUGAAGUUUAACCCCAGCUCCUCCAACUUCACGAGCACAUCAGACCAAAUACAUGGCAAUAUGGAUUACACCUUCCAAGAUGAAGAUGAGAUACAACCUGUCAGCUUCCUCAAUGAGCUUCGUAAACUGAUGGGUCUGAGCACUACAACAACAUCUCCACUGUCAACUAGUAGCUUCCCUGUGACUUCUUUCCAGCAAAUAUCUGGAUCAGCAGAGGUGACAAGCAAACUGGUGUUCAACUCCUCAUCUCCAGUCCCCAGUGAAGCUUUGGUGCUCAGUGCUAUCAACAUUCUCCUGGAAUCCCGAGUUUCACAACUGAAAGAAACAGUCAAGCUGGUGAAUGUCAGCUAUGAAAAAAUCUCAGACACCUCCUAUGCAGUCUUCUUCACAUUUACCUUGAGUAACAUCAGCAUGCCAGAAGACCCAGAGCUUAGAAACAACACUUACAAGCAAGUGCAGGACAUGGUCAAUGAGGCGUUGAAUACUCUCCUGAAUGAUCCAGACAGUAAAAAGUUUAAACCCAACUCCUCCAACUUCACGAUCACAUCUGACCAAAUACAUGGCAAUAUGGAUUACAUCUUCCAAAAGGGAAAUAAGAUACAACCUGUCAGCUUCCUAAAUGAGCUCAAUAAACUGAUGAGUCUGACCACAACAACAAUUUCUCCCCUGACAACAAAAGUCUCCCAUGUGACGUCUUUCGAGCAACAAAUUGAUUCUGCAGUGGUGACGAGCACAUUGACGUUCAACUCCUCAUCUCCAGUCCCCAGUGAAGCUCUGGUGCUCAGUGCUAUCAAAAAUCUCAGGGACUCCAGAGAGUCAAAACUUGAUAAAUCACUCAAGCUGUUGAAUGUGACCUAUAACAAAAUCUCAGACACCUCCUAUGAGCUCAUCUUUGAAUUUAAUCUGAGUAACAUCAGCACCUCAAACAGUCAUGUGCCCAAAGGCAACCCUGCCGAGCAAGUUCAGAAUGCUACCAAUGCUGCGCUCAACACUCUUCUGAAUGAUCCACACAAAACACCAUUUGUUGCUACAAUCUCCAAAGUCACGACAAAAGAAAAGCAGAUUGAGGUUUUCAUGAACCAUGUCUUUACGGAAACAGAUGACAUACAACCUGUCAGCUACCUAAAUGAGCUCCAUAAACUGAUGGGUCUGACGACAACAACAAUUAUUCCCCUGACAACAAAAGUCUCCCAUGUGACAUCUAUCCAGCAGCAAAUUGAUUCUGCAGUGGUGACGAGCACAUUGACGUUCAACUCCUCAUCUCCAGUCCCCAGUGAAGCUCUGGUGCUCAGUGCUAUCAAAAAUCUCAGGAACUCCAGAGAGUCAAAACUUGAUAAAUCACUCAAGCUGUUGAAUGUGACCUAUAACAAAACCUCAGACACCUCCUAUGAGCUCAUCUUUGAAUUUAGUCUGAGUAACCUCAGCACCCCAAACAGUCAUGUGCCCAAAGGCAACCCUGCCGAGCAAGUUCAGAAUGCUAUCAAUGCUGCGCUCAAUACUCUUCUGAAUGAUCCACAAAAACCACCAUUUGAAGCUACACUCUCCAAAGUCAAGACAAAAGAACAACAGAUUGAGGUUUCCAUGAACCAUGUCUUUAUGGAAACAGAUGAGAUACAACCUGUCAGCUACCUAAAUGAGCUUCGUUCACUAAACAAACCAAUAACAACUACUGCAGGCAAAAUCCAGACCACUACUGAAGGGCAAAUUAUUGGGAUGGCAGUUAUUCAGAUUCGGAUUGUAUUUGAAACGUUGGGCCCCAUACCAAGCGCAAGUAAAAUUCUGCACUUGGUUAAUUCAUACCUGGAUUCACGUCUCACAACUAAACAAGAUGACAGAACAAUAAAGUUAACUGAACCUGUGAGCAACGUGAAUGUCUCCUAUGAGGGAAUAUCUGAUCAUUCAUAUGGCCUAAAAUUUGGAUAUGUGAUCAGCAAUCUAUCAAUGUCAACGAAUGACAAAUCCAUAAACAAAACCUACAACUUCAUCCAAAAUGAAAUAAAUAAAUUGCUUAACGAGAUCCUAAACAAUCCCUCAGCAAAUCCAAUCAAGUUUGAUGCGGCCACAUUUUCGAAAAAUGUCAGUGUGAUUACGGCUGUUGUGGAUUAUAAUAUCUCACAAAAAAAUAGCAUCCAGUCACCCAGUAAUUUUCUCCAGGAAAUUCUUAAAGCAAACAGCGUAACAACAACUCCAACUCCGACUGUACUUGGAAAAGCAAUUAUUUACAUCCGGCUUGUUUUUAUAAUGAGAGGCCCCAUACCAAGCGAGAGCGCUGUUCUACAGAUUGCCAACAAUCUGCUGGACAAACGUCUAAGAACCAAACGAGACCUGAGAGAACAAAAACUCAGUGAUCCUGUGAGCUUUGUGAAUGUCACCUAUACAAAAAUUUCUGAUAACUCGUAUGCCCUCAAUUUUGGAUUUGAAAUCAGCAAUGUCACCAUGUCUGAGAAUCUUGUACUCAGGAACGGCACAUAUGAAAAAAUCCAAGAUUCAAUAAAUAAAUUGCUGAAUGUGAUCCUCAAUGACCCAAACGCCAAACCAUUUAAUUUCAAAGGGACCACUUUUACGGGUAAUACCACUGUGAUUAGGGCCGAUGUCGAGUAUGUUUUCUCAGACAAAGACUUCACGUCUCCAAGUCCUUUUCUCCAAGCACUUAUCACUGUUAAUAUUGAAGCCAGUAACCCAACUGCUACAACCACAUUUCCCUCUGUGGUGAACACUACUGGGCCAAACAACAGCACUAGUGCAGCGUGGGUUGUGGCUAUAAUUGUUCCUUGUGCUAUAGCCAUCAUGCUUGUACCUUGCUGGAUUCUACUUUGUUGUUUGCUAUGUGGUUGCUGUGCAGGAAUAAGACGACGUUGGGCCAGAAGACGGUCAUACAACAUACAGUACUUCACUCACAACAUCUUCUAGUGAACUUGAGACAACAAAGAAAACAAUUGCACAGGAAAAGUGAUCUAUCAGUAACUGUAAAACUAUUCUUAAAAAUUGCUUAUACUUAUGUUAUUAAUUACAAAUUGUGAUAAUUAUUAUUGAUUACUCUUAAUGCUGUUAUUUAAAUGUAAGUAAUGAAUAUGAUAACUUUGAGCUUUUAUAAUACACUAUUUAUUUUCUUCCUGUUUUGCUGGACAGACAGGAACUACACAAAA